GAGAUUCUAGUGAACCACCAAACAAACAAACCCUUCACCUCCUUAAAGCUCUCUCUCCGUAGCUUUAGGGUUUUUUCUUCUCAUCGUCGAUUUUGGAUUUCUCUCUUGCGUCUCAGCUGAAGUAGAUAUGGAUUCUGGGUUACCACCACCUCCCCCACCUGUCGUUCCAUCAAAUGUUGUACCUGAAAUGGAGCUUGUAAAAAAGAGCACUCGUCCCCCGAUGGCCCGACCUGGCAACGGCUCCAAGGGACAGAAGAUUCCUCUUCUUACAAAUCACUUCAGAGUCAAUUUCAACAACGCAAACGGCCACUUCUUUCAUUACAGUGUUGCUAUAACAUAUGAAGAUGGCCGUCCAGUGGAGGCUAAAGGUAUUGGCAGGAGGAUUCUUGAUAAAGUCCAGGAGACAUAUCAAACUGAUUUGGGAUCCAAAUACUUUGCCUAUGAUGGCGAGAAGACUCUGUUCACUGUUGGUGCUCUUCCCAGCAACAAACUGGAUUUCUCUGUUGUUCUUGAAGACACUCCUUCUGGCAGAAAUAACACUGGAAAUGCUAGCCCGAAUGAAACAAAUGACGGAGACAGGAAAAGAUCAAGGCGGCCCAACCAAUCCAAGAAAUUCAUGGUUGAGAUAAGCUAUGCUGCAAAGAUCCCCAUGCACGCUAUUGCAAGCGCUCUUCAAGGAAAGGAAACAGAAAAUCUUCAAGAUGCUAUAAGAGUGCUGGAUAUUAUCUUGCGCCAGAGCGCAGCUAGGCAAGGUUGCCUCCUUGUUCGCCAGUCCUUUUUCCACAACGACACAGCGAACUUUGUAGCUAUCGGUGGAGGUGUCGUUGGUGUCAGAGGGUUUCAUUCAAGCUUCAGAACUACUCAGGGAGGCUUAUCCUUGAAUAUUGACACAUCAACUACGAUGGUAGUACAACCUGGCCCUGUUGUUGAUUUCCUUCUUUCAAAUCUAAAUGUGAAAGACCCACACUCUAUUGACUGGAACAAGGCUAGACGUGUUCUCAAGAAUCUUAGAGUUAAGGUUGCCCCCUCAAAUAGAGAAUACAAGAUAAGCGGACUAAGUGAAGAACGCUGCAAAGAUCAAAGGUUUAUUCGCAAUGUCAAAAACGAAAAGGGGGAAGUUGAAGAGAUUGAGACGACAGUGUAUGAGUAUUUCACCGUAUGCCGUAAUAUUCCGCUGCGAUAUUCAGGUGACGUUCCUUGCAUCAAUGUUGGCAAGCCAAAGCGGCCUACUUAUAUCCCCAUGGAGCACUGUGAACUUGUGACUCUACAGCGUUACACAAAAUCACUCUCUAAUCUUCAGAGGGCUUCCCUAGUAGAAAAGUCUAGGCAGAAGCCAACUGAGAGGAUGACUUCGCUAACCAAUGGUCUGAAGAAAAGCAAUUAUAAUGCUGACCUGGUGUUGCGAGAAAGUGGUGUCAGCAUUGGCUCAAACUUCACUCAAGUGGAGGGUCGCGUUUUACCAGCACCAAAGCUGAAAGUGGGAAACGGAGAGGACUUUCUCCCUCGCAAUGGGCGUUGGAACUUCAAUAAUAAGAAACUUGUUGAGCCAGUCACGGUUACUAGAUGGGCCGUUGUAAACUUCUCUGCUCGCUGUGAUACAAACAGGCUUAUUCCUGACUUGAUCAGAUGUGGGAAGAUGAAAGGAAUUAACGUAGAACCUCCAUUCCCAGUCGUACUUCAAGAAGAGUCUCGCUUUAGGGGUGCACCACCCAAUAUCAGAGUAGAUAAAAUGUUCGAGCAGAUACAAUCUCAACUCCCAGGGAAGCCAAAAUUCCUUCUUUGCAUUCUCGCAGAAAGGAAAAACUCUCUUGUUUAUGGUCCUUGGAAAAAAAAGAAUCUUGCUGAGCUUGGAAUUGUGACACAGUGCAUUGCUCCUACCCCGAGAAUUAACGAUCAGUAUAUCACCAAUGUUCUUCUGAAGAUAAAUGCCAAGCUUGGUGGAUUGAAUUCGCUGUUAGCUAUGGAGCGCUCACCAGCAAUGCCUUUAGUAACGCAAGUUCCUACCAUCAUUGUUGGGAUGGAUGUAUCCCAUGGUUCUCCUGGCAUGUCUGACAUACUAUCAGUUGCUGCGGUUGUGAGCUCCAGACAAUGGCCACUCAUCUCAAAAUAUAAGGCAUGUGUGCGCACACAAUCGCGGAAAGUGGAAAUGAUUGAUAAUCUCUUCAAACUCGUCCCUGACGGCAAAGGCUCUGACAAAGAUGAGGGAAUUUUCAGGGAGCUCUUGAUCGACUUUUACUCAAGUUCCGGGAAGAGGAAGCCGGAUCACAUUAUCAUUUUCAGGGAUGGUGUGAGUGAGUCUCAGUUCAAUCAAGUUCUUAAUAUCGAAUUGGAUCAGAUGAUGCAGGCAUGCAAGUUUCUUGACUCCAAUUGGGACCCCAAGUUCACAGUGAUCAUUGCCCAGAAAAACCACCACAUCAAGUUCUUCCAGGCUGGAUGCCCUGACAAUGUUCCUCCAGGAACUAUAAUUGACAACAAGAUCUGUCACCCACGCAACAAUGACUUCUAUCUCUGUGCCCAUGCUGGAAUGAUUGGAACUACAAGGCCAACACAUUACCAUGUGCUCUUCGAUCAGAUUAAAUUUUCGACAGAUGACCUCCAAGAACUUGUGCAUUCUCUAUCCUAUGUCUACCAGAGGAGCACCACUGCCAUCUCAGUCGUUGCACCUAUUUGUUAUGCUCAUUUGGCGGCUGCACAGAUGGGAACUGUGAUGAAGUUUGAGGACAUGUCAUUGUCAGAGACUUCAUCGAGCCAUGGCGGGAUCACGACACCUGGAGCAGUCCCUGUGCCCCCCAUGCCAACGUUGAACCCGGAGGUUGCUAGCUCAAUGUUCUUCUGCUGAAGGAACAGUCCGGUCCACGGCUUUUAAAUGUCAUUGCAUAUAUGAUCGAACCAACAAAACUUUAAAUGCCCCUUUUACACUCUUCUCUGGGUCGAUGCCUCCUUUUGUUAUUUUCGUCGACCCAUUAUCUUGAUACUCUUUAUGUUCUUAGUUGUUUUGCCGGGCGUUGUUGGUGGAUAUUUUAUCUUAACUUUAAUCAA